CCUUAAACUCCUCCCCUUCCACCGGUGGAAGGCAAGAAUCGAUUCCGAAACCUACUUACAACCAACUAACGUCAGCUGGCACCUUCCUUUGGGGCCGUGCGAAGAGACGGGAAGGCAGAGGGAACUUCAGAAAUUUCUUCGAGUCAACUACUGCUCUGUAGGCCGAGAGCAGUAGAGGGAGGGAGGAGAGGGACAGAGAGCUAUGGCUUGCUUGACCAGUUUUCUUGUUACAGCAACUCCAUCUCCGCAACCUUCAUCUUCUCUUCCUCCUCUCUUCUCUUCUGCUAAACCCCUCAAGCUUAUCAGUUCCAAUCCCCUACUUUUGUCUUCUCCUGACUUUUCUAGGAGUUCUUUCUGUCUCAAUGAAGGAUUAACCAUCCGUCGGUCGGCAAAGCCCUUCUCCAUUUCAGCACAGAAAGUCUCGAGCGUGGCAUCUGUAGAUCCAGAGCCUCUAAGGAUUAUGAUAUCUGGGGCUCCUGCAUCAGGGAAAGGAACGCAAUGUGAGUUCAUCACCAAGAAGUAUGGGUUGGUGCAUAUUUCUGCUGGAGAUCUACUGAGGGAAGAAGUGGCAGCUGGUAGUGAAAAUGGAAAGCGAGCCAAGGAAUGUAUGGAGAAAGGGCAGUUGGUGCCCAAUGAAAUAGUUGUCAUGAUGGUGAAGGAGCGUCUCUUGAAGUCUGAUUCUCAAGAAAAGGGAUGGCUUUUGGAUGGAUACCCUAGGAGCUUAUCGCAGUCCAUGGCUCUUGAAGAACUUGGUAUCCGACCAGACCUUUUUAUUCUUCUGGAUGUUUCUGAGGAGAUUCUUGUUGAGAGAGUGGUUGGUCGAAGGCUUGAUCCUGUUACUGGAAAGAUAUAUCAUCUGAAGUAUUCUCCCCCAGAGACUGAAGAAAUCGCUGCCAGGCUGAUCCAGCGUUUCGAUGAUACUGAAGAAAAGGUGAAAUUACGAUUGCAGACUCAUCAUCAGAAUGUGAAGGAUGUACUUUCGAUAUAUGAAGACAUAAUAAUUAAGGUUGAUGGGAAUGCAUUGAAGGAGGAUGUUUUUGCACAAAUUGACAGUGCUCUGUCUGGACUAGUGGAGCAAAAAGGACUUCAACAUCCUUGCGGCAUGUAUGGUGCUUAGGCAGUAUCUUAGCAAAUUAUCAGUUGAAACUUGCAAAGAAUAACCUGAUGUUCUGCUGGCUUAAUUUGUGCUUAUGUAUACGUUGGGUUAUUCUCCUGCAACGCUGCUGUUUUUUGUUUUGUUUUGUUUUUAUUUUUUAUUUUAUCUCCAUAUUACUUGUUUAUAUUUUUUUUUCCCUGAAUCAAAAGUUCUGGAGUCUUUCAGUCAAUUCUGGCUGAUGUGAAGAUUAAUGGUCACAGUAGCGACACUGCAUAAUUCCUGUUAUGUAGACUCCUUUCUCUGUUAUAUAAACUCUACUAUUUCCAUGA